GUACUAUCAUUUGCGGUCGAGCUUCCAUAUCGCAAAACAAAGUUUGUUAUUACUUUAAUAUUAUGUCGUUAUACGAUUAUGAUUGCACCGUGUAGUGUUUAAAUGUUUGAUUAAACAAAUUAGCACUUGUUUUGUUUAGUAAACAGUUAAUGUGGAAUUAUACACGGCAGCUUGUGAUUUUGUCGCGUUAAUUAUAUUACUCGAUCCACUGAGUAUGCAACGAAUAUAUCUCGAAGUUAUUCUUGUAGAACAUCCAAUGUCAAUUGGUGCCGAAUUUUUAAUAAGUGCACUCGUGGUAAUAAAGUAAAAAAAAUAUGAGUCCGGAUAAUCAAAGAAGUGAAAGGAGAUUAUUUGUGCGGCAGUUGAGUCAUUAUUUGACAAAAAAUAAUGGAAUAACAAUUAGAUUGAGACCAGCUUGUUUGGAAGCCACGUUGGAGCCAGAUGAUAUUCCAAAAACUUCCGAGCCAGUUUGGAUACUUGGGAAACGAUAUAAUGCUAUCCAAGAUAUCAAUAAAAUACGUCAAGAUAUAGUUUCCAAAAUUUGGAUAACAUACAGGAAAAACUUUAUACCUAUAGGGGGAAACGAAGGUCUAACUUCAGAUAAAGGAUGGGGAUGUAUGUUAAGAUGUGGACAAAUGGUUUUAGCCCAAGCAUUAGUCUCAUUACACCUGGGACGAGACUGGUUGUGGGACCCUCAAUCAAAAGAUCAAACUUAUUUAAAGAUUUUGAAAAAGUUUCAAGAUAGUAGGCAAGCUCCGUACUCCAUUCAUCAAAUAGCUUUAAUGGGAGCCUCUUUAGGAAAAGGAGUUGGACAAUGGUUUGGGCCAAACACAGUUGCACAAGUGUUAAAGAAACUAGUAAAAUAUGAUGACUGGAGCAGAUUAACUAUCCAUGUAGCUCUAGACAACACUGUAAUAGUUUCAGAUAUAAGAGAAUUAUGUUUAACAAAAAACAAACUUGAUGGUGCACAUUUAACAAAUUCUGAUUGGAAACCUUUACUCCUCAUAGUGCCUUUACGUUUAGGACUUACAGAAAUAAAUCCUAUUUACAUUAGUGGUUUACAGAAAUGUUUUCAAUUCAAACUUCAAACAAAGUUUGGGCGUCAUUGGAGGCAAGCCCAAUGUUGCUCUUUAUUUCACAGGUUGUGUGGGCCGAGAAGUGGUUUAUUUAGAUCCCCAUCAUACACAAAAAACAUGUUUCGUCGAAGAUAAAGAAACAGAUGAACAAAUCGAAGCAGACUUGACUUAUCAUUGCAAAUAUGCAUCUAGAAUAAAUAUACUCAGAAUGGAUCCAUCAGUUGCUAUGUGCUUUUUUUGCAAAACUGAAUCAGAUUUCAAUGAUUUUUGCCAGAGGGUGAAAACAGAGUUGAUAGAUCCAGAAAAAGAACCAAUGUUUGAAAUUAGUUAUAACAAGCCUAAAGAAUGGUCACCCAUAUUGGAAAAUGCGGUUGAAGCAGGGACUACAUCUUUCUCAGAUUUCCAAGGACCUAGUGGCAAAUAUUUUGAUUCGGACCACGAGUUUGAAAUCCUUUAAUGUCGAUGUAACUAAAUGUAAACUACGCUCGCCAAUGUAAAACAGGUUUAUUGUAUUUACUGACUACGAUAAAAUACAAAAAGUGCUUAUUGAGAGAUGUUGAUAUGCAUUUACUUAUGUUGUACAUACAUUGGAAAAAUCAAUUGUUAAAUAAUUUUGUAUGUAUUAUAUAUAUGUUCAUCGAUUUUUUAUUUAUAUCAAAAAAUAAUUUUAUUUGUUACUAUUUCUAAGUAAAUAAAAGUCUUAUCAUUA